GCGACGGGAGUACGGGAUGCGUACCUUUCGCCUAAAAAUCGUCGUCUCGCGACGAUAAGAAUCGACGAUCGGCGUACCAGCACCGAAUCCUCGAAUAAAGCGGAGAUUUUGUUGGUGUUCCCGUAGGAGAACACGGUCACGAUCUGGCGUUCCGAGAUGUUACUUUCGAGCGCCUGGUUCGAGGUAAUCGCAGCAACGCUUUUGACGAUAUUGAUCUUCGCGACUAGUUAUCGGCCGGCUUGGUGGUUCUGGAUUGGAGCGUCUCAGAGGAGCAACGCUCCGGCCGAAGGGAAGCAGCAAGAUAGAAAGUUUCGAACGGUAUCCGACGUCCCAGGACCGUACCCUUUGCCCAUUCUUGGAACCAGGUGGAUAUUCUCUCGCAUCGGAUCCUACAAAUUGACCGGCGUUCACGACGCUUACAAAGAUUUGAAUCAACGAUACGGACCGUUGUGUAAGGAAGAAGCAUUAUGGAACUUUCCCGUCAUCUCUGUCUUCUCCCGUCGGGAUAUCGAGGCUGUACUCCGACGAAGUUCCAGAUAUCCUCUUCGCCCUCCGCAGGAGGUCAUAUCCCACUAUCGGCGAACUCGUCGAGAUCGUUACACGAAUCUCGGUUUGGUCAACGAACAGGGGCAAACGUGGCACGAUCUUCGGACAGCUCUUACAUCGGAACUAACAGGGGCCAGCACCGUCCUUGGCUUCUUCCCGGCUUUGAACGUCGUCGCUGAUUCGUUCGUCGAGUUGAUUCGUCGACGAAGAACGGGAUGUAAAGUGGCAGGCUUCGAGGAACUUGCCUACAAAAUGGGACUCGAAAGUACCUGCACUUUGAUCUUGGGUCGACACCUCGGUUUUCUAAAGCCAGAUUCUAGCAGCCAAAUCGCAACCAGAUUAGCGGAAGCGGUCAGGGUCCACUUUACGGCCUCGCGCGACGUUUUUUACGGAUUGCCGCUGUGGAAGUUGUUACCAACCUCCGCGUACAAACAGCUGAUAGAGAGCGAGGAUGCUAUAUACAACAUCAUUUCGGGAAUCGUCGAAACCACUAUAUGGGAGAAGCGAGACGACGCUAAAGACGAGUCCGUCGAGGCUGUCUUUCAAUCAAUUCUAAAGCAGAAGAGUCUCGAUAUACGAGACAAGAAGGCAGCUAUCGUCGAUUUUAUAGCGGCUGGCAUACACACUCUAGGAAACACUCUGGUAUUUCUGUUCGAUUUGAUCGGACGUAAUCCAAGGGUGCAAGAGAAACUUUACGAAGAGGCGUACUCGUUGGCACCGGCUGGUUGCGAUUUGACAACCGACGAUUUGAAACAAGCCAAAUACCUACGAGCAUGUAUCACCGAAUCAUUCCGAAUGAUUCCGACGACAACCUGCAUCGCUCGCAUCUUGGACGAACCCAUUGAGCUGACCGGUUAUCAUCUUACCACAGGAACCGUGGUCCUUUUACACACUUGGAUAGCAGGUUUGAACGAAGAGAAUUUCAAGAAUGCCGGAGAAUAUUUCCCCGAGAGGUGGUUAACGCCCGUUGGUGCGCAUUCGCCGUUAUUGGUUGCACCAUUCGGAGCUGGGAGAAGGAUAUGCCCGGGUAAGCGGUUCGUGGAACUCGCGCUGCAGCUUAUUUUGGCAAAGAUUGUACGGGAAUUCGAGAUCGUCGUGGACGAAGAGCUUGCUUUGCAAUUUGAAUUUAUUCUCGCGCCGAAAAGCCCGGUCUAUCUUGGCUUCCGCGAUCGUCCGCAGAAGACGUAGCCAAUUCUCCCUCCUUAUUUUUCUACUUUUCUACCCCCUGUCCGAAACAUCUCCAUUCGGAAUACUUAUCACGUAGUAUUUAUAUUUAAUCGCGUCCGCGCGACCUUUCUUUUUACGUGCUUUUUUGUAUCGCGAACGUUACAAAAAUAAGUAAACGGUAAAACAUUUGAUUUGGAUCGACGAUAUAAGAUCCAUGUAAAUAAAAUGAAUG